AUGACGGUUCUUGCCGGCUCCACAUCGCACGCUUCGGCGCGCAAGUCUUCUCUUGCGCCCGAAAAGAAGUACAAGUGUCAGUUCUGCAAUCGAGCAUUUAGUCGUAGCGAACAUCGCAGUCGACACGAAAGAUCGCAUACCAAAGAACGUCCGUUCAAAUGCCUCAAAUGUCGAAGCACCUUUGUGCGACGAGAUUUGCUCUUGCGCCAUGAUCGUACCGUACAUGCCAAGGACGGCGGUGUGCCGCUCCAUAGCGAAGCCAAGCGACGGGUGGGCCCAAAGACCUCUUCCAUGGCUGGACCAUCUAAGCCAUCCAUCGCAAUUGACACGGCGACCAUCGAGCAAAUAGAAGCGAGCAGUGACGGCAUGGUGGACCUCGAGACGGCAGCCAUGCUGAUGACCGAUCUCCACCACAAGGCUACCGCAGCAAUGUCAAGUCGGGAGCAACCAUCUCUGGGCCAUGAGCCAGAAACGACCAUGUCGUCCAGCGGUGCGACGCUCUUGCAGCCGUCGAUGCCUUAUUCGUCAUUGCCUUCCGUGUCCUGGGACUCCUUCAUGCCACGUUCCGCAUCCCAAUCCAAGGCCCACUCGAUAACCUCCAAUGUUUCCUUUGAGUCGCAAGCCUCCUUGACCAGCACAGGCACGGCCCAACCUCCUGUGAACCAACUUGCUCCCAUCAUGGAGCGUCAGCUCUCGGCCGGCGACUCUAUGGCCAAUUCUGCCAACCUCGGUGCCUCUGGCGCAUUUUCCCCAUACCCUGCGGUUGGUCCGGUGUCACCAGUGGACUAUCGCAAGUCUCCUGGGCCUAAUCAAGUACUCACCGUGACAAAGUGCCCUCAAGUCGAGAGCGAAGCGCAUCGACACGCCAUUCUGGCUAAUAUUGCGCAUUGCGAUAGCGAAGAUGCCCUUGUGGAGACCUUCCGUCUCCCAGGACGGGCCGACUUGAACCGGUUCCUUUCCACGUACUUUACCAUGUUCCACCACCACAUGCCCUUUUUGCAUCCGGCUUCGUUUGAUCCGGCAAAGGCAAACCCGACGCUGUUGUUGGCUGUUUGCUCCAUUGGCGCGUUGUAUGCGUUUGAGCACGACCAAGCCUACAUGUUCCAUGUUGGCUCCAAACUUUUGGUGUCCCAGUUCUUGCAAAAGAAGGAAAAUUUUAGCUCGCGCAAAUGCCCUCUGUGGACAAUGCAGAGUUCGCUACUCAAUAUGAUUUUUGCUAGCUGGAGUGGUGACCCGAAAGGACUGGAAUGGACGUGUUCAAUUAAGAGUUUAUUGGCAAAUAUGGUGGCCGGUAAUCGAUAUGAGCUCAAACUACGCGGCGAAGCACGUCAGGGCGCGCUCUUGACACAUGAGGAAUGGAUUGAGGAUGAAGGAUGCCGUCGCACCUACUAUGCCGUCUACAUCUUCUUCGGCCUGCUUACCAUGAGUUAUAACCACACUCCCGGAAUGAGUUUCAAUGAGUUUGACGGUUUGGAACUUCCGUCGUCGGAGUCAUUGUGGAAUUCUGGUGCAUCGGAUGACGAGUCAUGGCGGGAAGCUGCAGCGACUAUUACCUUUCGCGAAGCACACGACAAGCUUUUCCAGGGCGUUGGGGCUCGAUACAGCGCAUUCGCAACUCGUGUCAUGAUCAAUGCGCUCUUCCUUGAGGUGUGGUACCACAAGCGUAGCCCGGAAGCUCUUCAGGAUGUGGUGACCGAGUAUAAGCUGCGACUUGCUCUAGAGACUUGGGAGUCUUCGCUCGAUCUUUGCGAACCGGAAACCAUUGUUGUGCAAAUCAGCGCCCCGCACAAAGGACAUCCGUUGAUUUUCAACGCACUUGCCAUGUAUCGGAACACGCUCGCCCGGUUAGAGGUUGACCUCAAGUCUGUCCAGGAGGCCCUCCGCUACCACGAUCCGUAUGAGGUUGCGGCUGCCAUGACACAUGCGCGAGACAACGUUAAGCGGUCUAGCGAGAUGACCAAGGUCAUGCAAUCCUGCUUUGACUGUCUCGAGGUUGCUGCUCUCCAGGGUAUCCGUUGGGUAGCCAGAACGUCGCCCACCAAUUGGAGCGUUGAGCAUCCUUUGUGCGGAGUGGACCUCAUGGUCAUCCUCAGUCUCUGGCUCUAUCGCCUGGAACAUGACGAUGAGCCACUGAGUGCUGAGGAGCUUUCCAUGUACAACAAGGUUCGAAAUCUCAUUUAUGAGGACUCUGCUGAGCCACCUCGUUUCAGUCUCAGCUCGACAGUCGCGCAGCUUUGGGGUAGCACUUUGGAUGAGGUUGUGGUCUGGGGUAUCACCAAACUGGUCGGCGAAUCCUUCAAGCUUCACUCUCAAGCACUUCGAAGCUAUGACGACGAUUUAUCCUGCUCCGGUUCAUCUACUCCGUCGAUGUGCUCUCACCGGAUGGAGGAACAUUUGCCUAUGCAACUGGCUUACUAG